AUGACUUCUAUAAACGAAACAGAAACGCAUGAUCUACUGCCCUUUACCCUAACAGAUGCUGAUGCAAUAUUAGCACCAUCUAUUGAAGAAGUUGAUUCAAAUCCAGAUGAAUUGCGUAACAUGAGAGGGGAAGGUAGAUAUUUUGGGCUAGAAGAUUCAGAUAUAAGGAAAACGCCCGCUAAAAAAUGCAGAAAUUGCAAUGGUACAGGACAUAUUGCUAAAAAUUGUCCCCAUGUAAUAUGUACUUAUUGUGGUGCUGUUGACGACCAUUAUCCACAGCAAUGCUCCAAAACAAUUAAAUGUUCCAACUGUAAUGAAUCGGGUCACUAUCGUUCACAGUGUCCCAAAAAAUGGCGAAAGGUUUUUUGUUCUAUAUGUGAUUCUAAAAGACAUAGUAGAGAGAGAUGUCCCUCUAUUUGGAGAUCAUACACCGUAUUGGAACAUAAAAACAGUAAGAUCAAUAAGAAUAAGGUUGUACUUAGAUGGGAUAAAAUCUGGUGUUACAACUGUGGGAGCAAAGGUCAUUUUGGCGAUGAUUGUUCCGAGGCCAGAAGUAGUAGAGUACCAUUAGAUGAUGGAAGUGCAUUUUCUGGUGACAACCUACCUGAAACAUUAAGAAACGAAUAUUGGAAAAAUCUCAAGGCCUAUAUGAAUGAUAGGUAUUAUGCCAAUGGCAAUGGGACUGUGAAAGGCAGUUAUAAUAGCAGGAAUGCAUAUAAUAAUGAUUAUUCGAGGUAUGAUAGCUACGCCGGCAACAGCAGUAAUAGCAACCAUGCCGACUAUGAUAAUUCUUAUCGUAAAUUUAAUAAUAACAACAGUUCUUCACCUUUUCCUUUCCAUCCACCCCCAUACGGCAAAUCCAGUUUUACAAGAUCGAUGGCAAAUUAUGAUAACAAGAAUAAUAGUGCCAGUAAUUAUAACAGUAGAAAGAACAACAGUAAUAAUGCCGAUAAGAAAAAUUCUCUUGAAUUUCCUCGCGGUGGGUCUUUGUAUGAUGAUAUUGACGGGUAUAGUAAUUCUGGCAAAAGAAAGAGUAGUAAUAACAAAAACAUUUACGAAAAAAUGAACAAGUCAAGAUAUUCAAGUGGUAACGGAUCUAGCGGCAGAAGCAAUGCUAAAAGUUACAACGUAUAUGAAUCUUUUGGAAAGGGCAAAGCCUCUUCUAAAGGAAAUACCUAUAAAGUUUCAAAAAAAAGACGUUAG